GGGGACCCGGAAGCACUUUGCGGCGGCGGGGACACCUCAACGGCUGUCGGCGGUUCUGCUUCAGCCCCAUCACCGGUCCCGGCCUUGGCGCCCACCGCUGUCCUGCUGCUGCUCCGCCGUCGCCUCCUGCUCCUCAUGAAGCCCGUCGUUGUCUUCGUCCUCGGCGGGCCCGGGGCGGGUAAAGGGACGCAGUGCGCUCGCAUCGUGGAGAAGUAUGGCUACACACACCUUUCUGCUGGCGACCUCCUUCGAGACGAACGGAAAAGGCCAGGCUCACAAUAUGGAGAACUCAUUGAGAACUACAUUAAGGAGGGGGAAAUCGUACCAGUUGAAAUAACAAUCAGCUUGUUGAAGAGGGCUAUGGAUCAAACAAUGGCCGCAAAUUCCCAGAAGAACAAGUUCUUGAUUGAUGGCUUUCCCAGAAACGAAGAUAAUCUUCAAGGCUGGAAUAAGACUAUGGAUGGAAAGGCGGAUGUUUCUUUUGUUCUCUUUUUUGAUUGCGACAAUGAGAUAUGCAUUGGUCGCUGUCUUGAAAGAGGCAAGAGCAGUGGCAGGAGUGACGAUAAUCGAGAGAGUCUGGAAAAGAGAAUUCAUACAUAUCUGCAGUCUACUAGACCUAUAAUAGACUUAUAUGAGAGAAUGGGAAAAGUUAGACGAGUAGACGCCUCUAAAUCGGUUGAUGAAGUCUUUGAAAAAGUUGUACAAAUAUUUGACAAAGAAGGCUAAUUUCCAGCUUGGAAAAUCGUUUAAAUUUGUGCUUGAAUCUUGCUUGAAUAGCUGCUACUGCAGUCCACACUUUGUAAUUGUUUUAUGCUGGGGUUUUUUUGGUGUUUUGUUUUUUUUUUUUUCUUUUCACAUAUCAAAUCACAAUUGGAAAAGCAGUUAAUUAAAAAUGAAUCUUUUUUUUUUAUUAUUAUUUUAAAUAGAAAAUCUUUUCUUGUGGCUAUAGUUAUGAGUUUUGUGGUUCUCCAUUACUAUAAGUUCAGUUGCUCACACAGCAAAAUCACAGUUAAAACAUCUCUCUGAAGAGACUGUUCUGUCACAGUUCUGUGCCUACCACAGGCAGCCCUUCUUGUUCCUUAUUGCCAUACACCUAUUCUUCUUAAUGAUCAAUUAAGCAGCAGCAUUAAGCAGUGCCCUUGUUUGUCUUUUGGAUGCUUGGACCAAAUUGAGGAUACUGGGUUUUUUUUUGGUUUUUUUUUGGUUUUUUUUCAGUGUAAUUUUUGUCACCAAGUUCUCUGUUAUCCCCAGACAUGGAUUCUGUAGGUAAAGUGCAGUUAGUAUGAGAAUCUGCUUUUGUAGUUCUCACAAAACUAUUUAAUAUGCAGUUCAGCAAUAGACAUACAGAGUACUUAAUGGAAAAUGGUGCUGUCUUAUGAUUCUGGGUGUAAACUGUCUUGUAAAUUCUUGACUACCUGGAUUGACAUGGCCCUGGGCUAUGCCUUGUCUUCAUUUCCAAAAUGUUGAAGGUAUCAGUUUUUAAGUCAGGUCAGUAUUUCCAUACUCAUUUAUUUUGAAUGAUAGUUUUGUUCUUAAUUGGAGCACAGCCUUCACGAGGUGCAAAACUAUUAAAUAGUGUACAUUAAGCAAAUUCUUCUAACAGUUCUGUCUUUUAUAAUAAGUAGAAGGGAUUUUCUGUAUUAUAAUUAUUGCAAUACUGUGUAACUGAACGCUUUAACGUUUAUUACCUGGGGAAAUAUUUUUAUGGUUAAACUUGUGAAUUUGUUUCCCUAGAAUUGUAUAAUUUUAAUAACUGUUUGUUUGAGAAGAUUAUAAAUUAUUGCACUUUUGUUAUGAUGUGGCCAGCAAAAAGGAAGAUAUCUUGCAGAAGGAAGCUCUGUUCCCUUAAACAGAUUUGAUCCUGCUUUAUCACAUUCUCUUGAAUUAGUGCAGCCAUUAUAUUUGGGAGAAGCAGAUAGCAAGCUGAAACAAACAGUGUUUUAAAUAUUUGUACAGAUGUGUAAUCCUGCCUUUUGUUUAAAGUAACCCCCUCUCCCCACCUCCCAUCAGACUAGUAUGCACAGGUCUGUGGGGGCCCAACCACGCAUUCCUUGCACACCCUGAGCUUUCUCUGAAGAAAGCCCCAGAAGACUUGAGGAUGGGUGUUUUAACUAAUUUUAGUGAUACAAUUUGUCUUGCUACAUUAACUGACACUGUAAUUGGUUUGUGAUAUGCUAAUGGAUAUUGCCAAUUACAGCUUGGAAAUGUCGGGGUUCAGCUUUUCUUUAUUGAUUACUCUCUAUUUAAAGAAAGCUUUAAAUUUAGCCUAGCUCCUAAUGAGAAUCAGAUGUGUUGGUCCUCAUGCUGUGAUCUGUUCUGUGCUGGCAGAUUUGUAUGCGCAUGAGUUCUCAUUUUGCUGAGGUUCUUGAGGCUCUUGGACUGGGUAAGAGAUAAGUUCAGAAACAAAGGGUAAACUACAGUAUCUUUUCUGGUUCAGUGGUAGUUUUAGCAGAGUACUGAGCACAAAUACCUGUUUACUGCUGCAGAAUAUAUGGACCAUGACUACUGCUGUGAGUGUGGGAGGCUAAUGCUUUUGCUUUACGGAUUUUCCCUUAAAUAAAUAAAUCAUGGAAUGUAAAUCUUAUUCUGUAUGUAUGCUGACAUAGGAUAGGAUCCAGUGAAACUGUUUUAAUGUGAAGGCUAAAAUCAAGAUUUUUUUCAAGAAGACUUCAAGCAGGAUUCCUUAAUCUACUUAGAGAUUUAAUAACUUUUCUAAGUUACUGUCUCUUGCAGAUUCUGCUGAGAACAGAAGUUUUCUCAUCAUAUACUUUUGUGUAUUUAAGUGCUGAAACAAGCAAAACCUUUAUAGCAAAGUUGGUUUUGUUUUGUUCACUUUGUUUUUUAAGAAAUAAUGUUUCAGCAAUAUUGAAUUUGGAGUGGAUUGUAAUGUGUCUGUGCAAAGGCUAGAUAUUUUUUUGUCAUUUUAUUUAUUUAAGAUGCCAUUAAUUGUUACCAGUUCUUUCAAGUUGGAGUUAACAUUGAAAUGAAGAUUAAAGGUAGUAUGCCAAUGUGUCAUGCCCAUUUAGCAGCAAAACUGUACAAAGAAUUUGAGAAGAUACAAUAAACUUUGUUCUGUGGCUUAA